GUUCGCGCCGCCGUCCUCGACCUCGCCUUGUCGCGUCCCGCUCGUGCGCGCGUCUCCCGCCGCUAGCCUCCAUGCCGCCACUCUGCCUCGCCACCGCGUUCGUGUCCGCGCCGCGCCCGCCAUCACUGUCGUGUUCGCCGGUGCAAAUUUCGGGCGCCGUCGUCGCCACAAUCCCCGCCACCAAUCACUCCCCAAAUCAAGCCACCGAUUGCGCCGCCGCCUUCCUAUUCGGCCUCCACCUUCCUUCCCUCUCCCUCCUUUCCAUACUGGCGACCACCCUACCCUUCUUUUUAAACCCCUCUCCAUCCGCCGCCGCCGGCCAGCAUUAUUGCCUCGUCGACGGCAUCGCCUUCGUCGCCGACCGAACAUCGAUAGCCACCGGCGCACCGCGUCCUCAUGCCGGACCGCCGCCACUGGGAUCACGUCGCCGAUCAGAACCGCCGGGCGUCGUCUCCUCCACCGCCUCCGGGCGGCGUCCCCUCCAUCGACGCUGUUGUCCUCUUAGCUGCCGCGCCAAUCCCGGUUUUUGCCCGUCGAAGCACCGAUCAUCCUCGAAGUCGUCACCGAAGUUUCUCGUGGGUCUGAGCAAGGAUCAAAUUGACUGGCAUGCCCGAGUAUCUUCUCAGAAUUUAGGUCCUGUACUGGAGCUGUCUAAGAUUGACUCCCAGAAGUCAAAGUUGCGUCUAACAAGUAGUUGUUCAAAGAUAAGGCGAGUUGCUAUACUCAAGUACUACAUGUGAGGUUGUGCUGAUGCCAUCGGUUCUCUAAAAAACUGUACUAAUUUUUGUUUUCCAACUGCGUAGUUAACACUCUAUUUUUUAUUUGUUUAAUUAAGACAAUGAAUAUGUACCGAAUUGUUAUAGUGUGUACACGGGCUAGUCCUGAACCGAGAUU